AACGUUGCAUUUAGAAGUAGCGCCAUUAUUCUAUAAAAGGACCAUGUUUAUUUGUAUGUGUUUGUGACCAUAUCUUGAAAAUGUUGAUAGAAAUACCGGAGCUAAGGCGAUGCUGCUGCUGCCUGCCUUUACGACGUGGCAUCCUUAUAUUUGGAUACAUAAGCUUGUUCCUGACAAUAUUAUUCGGAACCCUGCAGAUAGUACUAUGUGUGUUCUAUCACAACAUGAAGAGUUCGUUCGCGACCACCGCGGCUCUGUAUCGGGGGGUGAUCAUGGAAGUACAACUUUGCAUCGUGUUCUUACUGUAUAGCCUGGACAUAGUGUUCCACAUCGUCCUCAUUGUUGGUGCUCAUAUGAAGAGACGUCGUCUACUGCGAAUCUAUUACUACUAUGAGCUGACGACGAUGGUGGCUACCUUCGUAGUGGUACUGAUCACAUACAUCGACCUCCACAGAUACCCGCGGUGGAACUUCAUCCUCACAGAGUUCUCUCUGGCUUUUACUGGAUUCGUGUUACAGGUGUACCUCGUGCUCCUCGUCCGAAGCGAGCUGAACAAGGACCGGUACCAGGAAGGCACAUCCAGCUUUAUCAACCACGUUGCUGAGGUCUUCAUAGACCCCCCACUCAGGCGACAAUGGAGAACUGAUCUCUAGAUAUAACAAACUUAUAGAUAACUAGCUAUUGCCCCCGAAUUCGUCCG